AUGGACGCGUCAACGGGACCAGGAGCCCCUUCAAAUCUCUGCUUGUCUGAAGAUGGGCUAUAUGCCGCCCACGUGAGCGGAAAGGGUCUAGUUGUUCACUCAAAUGUAGCCUCAGAAAACAAGGAAGUACAGAUCGCAAGGAUCAAAGAGAUUCCACUCAAGUCACUCCAAUACUUCAAUUUGGAAAAGUCCCCUGGUGCUUCAGAUGAUGAGAUCGCCUCUCGGCGGCGACUCCUGUCCGUAAGCGACAGCCGAAUCUCAGUCUGGCAGCUCGCUCCGCUUGAAAUGUUUGCCGGUAUUGAAAGCGUCGAACCGGGAGUAUUGGCUGUUGAAUUUGGCGCUGAUGAGAAUGAAGUUCUUGUGUUUCAUGCAUGGAAUAUCAAACUCAGUGUCCACUCAUUAGAGACUGGACGCAGCUCAGUCAUCAAAACACCAAAGUUUGCCCAUCAUCUAGGCUUUGGGUAUCGCCCCAAAACUAGGCAACUAGCCAUUCUCUUGAAACCAGAGACCUCGGAUCUACUGACUGUUCACGAGCCCCGGUCUUACGAACUCGUCAACAGGACUGUACUUCCAACCAUUGAUGCACAAGGGUUGAAAUGGAGUCCGGAUGGGAAAUGGAUUGCCAUCUGGGAUAUUGCUAGUGCAGGCACAAAGGUUCUGAUAUUCACAGCGGACGGUCAACUUUUCAGGACCUAUUCCGGAUCAUCUGGGGUGGACGAUUCCUUCGAUCUCGGGGUGAAACAUAUUGAAUGGAGCCCCGCUUCCCGCCAGGUCAUUUCUGAAACGCUGGCCGUGGGAAAAGUCAACGGGAAUGUUGACUUACUCCGAACUCGCACGGUUGGUUGUCUGCUAAAUAUGUUCCGCAUUAUCUGCUAA